AUGGAGCCUACAUCUUCUUGUUUUCAACAACAACAACAAUAUGUUUCAGCUCCAAUGUUACCUUCAAAUUCUGAAAAAUUAAUUGUUAAUGGAAGUAGUAAGGGAACACGGAAACGUAGAAGUCCUUCAGAUAAACACCAGAAUAAUUUGCCAGUAAAGCAACAUUCUCCACCUAAUGGAAGACAUGUAUCAUGGAUAAAUUCGGGAACAGCAUUUUCAGCUUCUGUUGAUAUUGCUAAUAAUAAUGACUCAUAUUCAUCAAUGACUUCCAUCGACCAGCGUCGAAAUAGUAGCCAAGAUGAUCAACAUCAAGGUUCUGCACCCAAAAUAGGCUGUACAUCAAAUACAGGUCCUUCUCUUUGCCGUCGUGCUCGUCCACACCCUCUUGACCUAACUUGUGUAAAUAAUGCAACAGACACAAAUUCAUGUAGCAACAGUACAUCAACAACUACAGGGGGAGGAGGAGGAACUUCUUCAACUACAUCUACUAAUCAUUUAAUUUCUGGCAAUAAUAAUAAUAUUCCUCAAAAUUCUUCACUUUUAAAUAAUUUAAAUAAUCAAAUGGUAGCAUCUUCCCCUUUACUUUUUGCUCUACAACAACAACAAAAUAAUCCUCAAAAUAGUCCUUUACUUUCUGCAGCAAUUUCAGCGUUAAGUAAUUAUACUGGAGGAGCGUCUCCUUUAGCAGGAACUGGACUUGCUUCACCUUUCACUCAAGCUGCUGCAGCGUUUCAAUUGGCAACAAAUUUUGUUGCUAGUUUGAGUCCAAAUGGUAAGAAUUUUAAAAUAAUAAAUCAGAAAUCAGAAAAAAAUCAGAAAGAAUCAGAAAUCGGAAAAAAAUCAGAAAAAAUCAGAAAUCAGAAAAAAAUCAGAACAAAAUCAGAAAUCAGAAAAAAUCAGAAAAAAGUCAGAAAAAAAAUCGGAAAUCAGAAAAAAAUCAGAAACUUAGAAAUUACAUUUUAG